AUGAGUUCAAUUUAAAUAAGACAAUCUAGUUUACAUGUCUGUCUUUCUUAAUUGCAAUUUUCUACCUCACAGAAUGAGAUUAACUACUUUGAAGAUUUGGACUGAAAUGCGUCAUGGAUCAGGAAAUUUUGACGGAAGUGCCACAGAGCAUGAAAAGAUUGAUACGUCUCGUGACCAGAGGGUUCUAUACAGUCGAACAUUCCAUAGUUAUUGACAUGUUGGUGCGAAACCCUUGUAUGAAAGAAGAUGAUAUGCUUGAACUCUUGAAAUUUGACAGGAAACAGCUGAGAGCUGUUAUAAACACUCUUAAAAAUGAUAAAUUUAUCAAAGUUCGGAUGCGAGUGGAAACUGAUAGUGAGGGACGAACAACAAGACAUAAUUAUUACUUUAUAAAUUAUGUGAUGUUUGUUAAUGUUGUGAAAUAUAAGCUUGAUCAUGUGCGAAGAAAAAUAGAAACGGAAGAAAGAGACAAUACAAGCCGAGCUUCAUUCCGUUGUGACGAGUGUCAGAAAUCAUUUACAGAUUUGGAGGCGGAUCAGUUGUUUGAUUUCAUGACACAAACUUUCAGAUGCACAAUAUGUCAGAAUGAAGUGAUUGAGGAUGAGAGUGCAGUGAAUGCCAAGGAUGCCCGCACCUUGCUUGCCAAAUUCAAUGAGCAAAUUCAGCAGUUGUACGAUCUCCUAAGGGAAUGUGAGGACGUCAAGUUGGCGCCGGAACUCAUGGAACCAGAACCUAUUGACAUCAAGGCUUCGUCAAGAUCUCGAAGCAACAAGCCUGCCCAGGAUGGGGACAAAUGGAGCGGUGAUGCGACCAGGUACAAGACAGCCUUCAACUACACAGAGGGGUCCAUCAAUGUGACGAUGAAUGAGGAGCAGCGCCAGGUGAAAGAGGCUACAAAAGAACAACCCAUCUGGAUGACACAGAGCACAGUGGACGGUGUGCCAUUGGAUACCGCUAACGAGGUUGCACCAGAUGUGUCGGGUUCUGCUAAGAAAGAGUCCGGAGCCAAGACAGAGGUGAACAGGGAGAUCGAGAACCUGCUCAUGAUUCAUGAGAAGAAGUCCGGAGGCGUGAACCUUCCCGCUAUCCCCUUGGCAGGGGAUACGGCCGAGGACAGCAACAGCAGUGACAGCGACGCUGAGCCUUCCAGACCACAGAUCAACCACCAGGCAGAAGUGGCAGAGAUGGUGAGUGAGGAUGAAGACGAGGAGGUAAUCAUGGUAACGGUUGGUGGGUGCAAGGUGCCCAUCUCAGACGUUACAGAUGACAUGGUCACCCGCAUGACAUAUGAGGAGAAGUCGGAAUACAUAAGAAUGGGGCAGGAAUUACACCACCAUAUGUAUGAAUGAGGAUUAUGUGCUGACUUGUCGAGUAUGAUGCUGCGAUGUGGGCUAGGUAUGCGAGGACCACAGUGUGUUCAUGCCAUCUUUCAGUUGAAAGGAAAAUUAGCUUGGGCCAUAAAGAAAUUGAGCUCGUGCCAUAAACAAAUUUGAAUACAUGAAAAUGUAUGUUGAAUAAAUUAAGUGACAUUACAUUGAUAACAGUUUUCAAAAGAUUAAUUCAAUACUUGGCUUUUUUUGUAAUAUGUUGUCGGUGCUAUGUUCAUGCAAUGUGUGUGUGUGUUUAUUGAUACAUUAACUAGAGAUUUUACUUUUAUGAUAGCAUAUGAACUGUAGAACAACCCAAUAAGUGACGGCAUUUGCCAAAUGGUAAUAUUCAACUAUAAUGUACAAUUCUAACAAAAUGAAAGUUGUCUUAUAUCAGAAAUUCGUCUUUAAAAAUAAUUACAUGCAUGAUUUUAAAAAUUAUUUGUAUAAUUGGGCCAUUAAUGUACCAUAUUUACUUAGGAUGUGAGCAUAUAUAAAUAUAUAGUUUAUAUUUCGUUUGCUCAAGCAAGAAAUAUGUAAACCGUUGUGUGGCAUUUAAUGAAAUGCUCUUUGGUAUCAUGAUGUAAAGAUACAGUAUUGGGUAAUGAUGUUGAAUGUUUAAUGUUGGACGGUGUUGUAAUUAUGUUUCAACUGUAACAGAUGGAACUUAAAAAUAAAUA